AUGCAGUACGUUAGGAAUCUGAGCGAUUCGGUCUCGACGGCAUGGAACUCGAUCAACCCGGCCACCCUUAGCGGAGCCAUCGACGUGAUCGUUGUUGAACAGGAGGACGGUAGCCUGUCAUGUUCUCCUUUCCAUGUGCGCUUCGGCAAGUUUUCGUUGUUGCGCCCAUACGAGAAGAAGGUCGAGUUCAAGGUCAAUGGCGUCAAGCAGCCCUACUCGAUGAAGCUCGGCGAGGGCGGGGAGGCCUUCUUCGUAUUCGAAACCAGUGACACGAUCCCCAAGAGCUUACAGACGUCGCCAUUGGUGUCGCCCGCCUCCAGCCCCCCUCUGGAUGCCCUACAAAACGGCCAGCCACCGCUGCAAGAGCCCGAAUCGCUCGAUCUCAACGACCCUAUCGGAAAAUCACGGUCGGCGAGCUUCAACCGGCCACCACCUACAGUCCUCCACUCGAUCGGGCGAGAUGGGCUGCUCACACCGAGGUCAACCUCUCCGGAGUUCUCCAGGGGAGUUCCGUCUUCCACCGAUGGGUCGCCCCCCCGACCCCACAGCGAAGAGAUCCUGCCCCGGGCAGGGCGGAAGCUGUCUAGCGAUCACGGUUCGAGCGAGGAUGAUGAUGCGAUGUACUUGGAUCGGUCCACGAGCCCUCCUCCCCUUCCCCCGGCCGAGGCUCGGCAGCGGGCGAUCAACCUUUCCAGGGAACUCUCCGCCGUCAACAUCCCGACCCACGUCACCGAAACAGGAGACCUGAUGCUGGAUAUGACGGGGUACAAGAACAGCGACGAGGACGCUAUCCGAGCCGAGAUCCUUGCCCGCAAGGUUCUCUCGGAAGAGCUCGACGGCAACUACGAUAUCGGGGCUCUCUUUGGCGUCGACGAGCGUGGGAAUCUGUGGAUCUACAGUAGCGAGGAAGCGAAGAGUGCCGCUAUGAAGAAAGCUAUGGAAUCGUCAUUACGCGGCCCACCCGGUAUAGCCAUGGACGCCGUCUCCGACCCUGGCUACCAAAGCGACAGCAGCGACGCCACAGCAUCUCCGACUACCUCGAACCACAGGAGGACUGAGUCCGAUCUCGGGCAGAUGACUUUACAGACGCCUCCCAGCUCACCCGGCACGCCGGCCGCCGGCGAUCCCAAUCGAAACUACGCUAAGACGCUGCGGUUGACUAGUGAUCAGCUGAAGGCCCUUGACUUGCAACCGGGUGAGAACUCGAUGAGCUUUACGGUGAACAGGGCCACUUGCCAGGCCUACAUGUACCUGUGGAAACACGAGACCCCCGUGGUGAUUUCGGAUAUUGACGGGACCAUUACCAAAUCCGACGCACUCGGCCACGUGCUGAACAUGAUUGGACGAGACUGGACGCAUGCAGGUGUCGCGAAGCUGUACAACGACAUCGUGUCCAAUGGCUACAACAUCAUGUACCUGACCAGUCGGUCCGUGGGGCAAGCCGACAGCACGAGGACGUACCUUGCGGGGAUUACCCAGGACGGGUUCCGCCUCCCCCGAGGCCCCACCAUCCUGUCACCGGACCGGACCAUGGCCGCGCUGCGCCGCGAGAUCUACCUGCGCAAGCCGCACAUCUUCAAGAUGUCGACGCUGCGCGACAUCCGCAGCCUGUACGGCCCGGACCGGACGCCCUUCUACGCCGGCUUCGGCAACCGCUUCACGGACCAGAUCUCGUAUCGCACCGUCGACGUGCCGCGCACCCGCAUCUUCACCAUCAACUCCAACGCCGAGGUGUCCCUGGACCUGCUGAGCCUCAACCGCAUGAAGCUCAGCUACGUCAACAUGGGCGAGGUCGUCGACCACUACUUUCCCCCCGUCGGCACCCUCGUCAAGGGCGGCGGCGAGGAGUACACCGACUUCCGCUACUGGCGCGACACCCCGCUCGAGCUGGACGAGUUUUCGGGCAGCGACACUGAGCGCGAGGAUGACGACGACGACGAUGAUGAAGACGACGGUCAUGACGAAGAGUAUGCCGAGGACGAGGACGAAGAGGUGGGCGAGGGCAUGGCCGAUAGCUACCUCUCGCGGAACUCGAUGGACGAUUACGGCGAGGGCAGCGUGCUGGGCGAGAGCUACGACGAGGAGCGCAUGAUGGGGUCUGCGAUGGAGGACGAGUAUGCCGAUGACGAGGACGGCGAGUAUGAGGAGGAUGAGGAAGGGGGCGUGGUUGACGAGGUGAUUGGCGAGGCGGUCGAUGAGGCCGAAGACCGGCUGCCGACUCCGGUCGGGAACGUCACGUCGACGGAUGCCGGCGUGCAUGAUGUUGAUGCGGAGCUCAUCACCGGUGUCAAGAACUUGAGGGUGGACAAGAAGUAA